GAUGUACAAUGUCUGUUACAUCUUCCAAUCCAAGGAAAGUUUUUGAACCAUACGAAGAUGUCAAGGGGAGAAGGGGCUGACAUGGUUAGUUCAUAUCUAGGAGUUGAGCGAGAGGAUAUUGAUAAAGCAUUUGCCGAAACCAACGGGGUACAUUUGAAGCAUACUACCCUGCAAACUCUAUACACAACAAACCAGACGUCUGCUGAAAGAGCGAUUGCUGAAAAUAAGCCGGCGCAUGUUGUUAGGCUUUACAGGGAGAGGAGCGUAAGGGCUUUUAUGCUACAUUUGGUCUGUUGUACCAUAUUCAGCAACAAGAGCAGUUACUACGCGGAUGUUGUGUAUUUGCAGUACUUUCAAGAUUUGUCAUGCGUUCAUGAAUGGAAUUGGGGUGCUGCUGCUCUUGUUCAUCUGCAGCAUUAUUUGGAUCACGGGUCUGCGGUUAGCACGACUCAGAUGGCUGGCUACAUGUCAUUUCUUCAGGGAUGGAUUAUUGCGCACUUUCCGAGACUUAGUGUGUGGGUGGAGGCUCCUAGAUAUACAGCGAACAUGCCACUAAAUUCAAAGGUUGUUCCUGGGCAAGGACAUAAGGAUGCAGCUGGAUAUAGAAGCAGUUUGGACAAUAUUCAAACUUACGAUUGCGUGUUCAGCCCGUAUGAUGCCCACCGACAAGUGCGACCUUUGAUAAAUGCAUGUUGGUUUUCUGGAUGGUUAAGGUGUGGUAAAUUGAAAGCCAAGCAUUUGCCGGAACGUGUGCUAAGACAAUUUCAACAUGUGCAAGGCAUUCCAAGAAACCCGAGUAUGUCUGCAACGCCGGGGAUGAACUUGUGUGAGAUAGAUCGUGUGUUUACGGAAGAAUUGGAGCUGAGAAUGAUAGAUGAAGAGAUGAGGGGUCGGCCUGUUACAAGCCCGUGGGACACUGAACCCGGAUAUAUGUCAUGGUUUUAUAGAGUGUCGCAUCCAGUUAUGCGACCCGUAGAAGCUCCUGAAUCACCACCAAGGCCACCUAAUUUAGAGGUGUUAAUAGAGGCGGCGGAAGCUAGAAAUGACCCUAAUCUAAUGCAAGUUUGCCGGAGUGUCAAGGUUGAGGUCGAAAGGGCAGUUCGCGAUGGUGAGGCGGUUGAAGGAACUCCAAUUCAUGGUACUUUGCAGCGGAUUCUGAAUUUGCUUAAUCCGAUACUUGCUUAUAGGCGAAUUAAGCGGGGGAAGGGGACACGCUACCACACUCGGGGGUAGACUUUGUUUGUUUUUGUAACUUUAAUGUUGACGUGGUUGUUUAUAAACUCUGAUGUUUGUUUUUAUUUUUGAUGUAACUUUGAUUAUGACAAUCGGAUGUAGUACACUACGUAUUUUAGUAUCGUUUAAUUCGUAA